UACCGAUCCGAUGUUUACAAACUAGAAAUGCAAAGAAUAACAAAAGAUGAAAGGUUAAAUUUAAAUUCAUGGUAUUUGGAUCCGUCAACGGUUGUGGUUAAAUUGGUCUUUUAAACGUGAAUCCCGAACAAUCCUGAAUUACUUUGACCUCAGACAAUCAUCAACCACGACAUCACAAAACUUCACCAUAAAAAAUAAAAUAAAAAAAGGAUAGAGAAAACACAAAGCACAAUGAGCACCACAACAUCACAAACUGUCACGGCCCCCGUCAACGAGGCGGACCGGGAGGCCCUGACCCAGAAGCUGCUCGCAAGCGCCGCAAACCAACACACAAAACCCCUGUGGACCCAAAUGGCACGCCUCAACCCCCCGCUGCCUAACCCUCGUUGCAUCCCGCACGUCUGGGAGUUUGAGAAGAUCCGACCAGACCUGGUCCUUUCAGGUGAGCUGGUGACGGAGAAGCAGGCCGAGCGCCGGGUCCUGAUGCUCGUCAACCCGGCCCGCGAGGCUCCCUUCACCACCGACACCAUAUACGGUGGCCUGCAGCUCGUCAUGCCCAACGAGACCGCUCCGGCCCACCGCCACACGGCCUUUGCCUGCCGCUUCAUCAUCGAGGGUAGCGGUGGCUUUACCGCCGUGCAUGGUCGCCGCAUUCGUAUGCAGCGCGGCGACCUCAUCUUGACUCCGACCUGGAACUGGCACGACCACGGCAAGGACGGCUCCGGCCCCAUGAUCUGGCUGGACACGCUGGACCUGCCCAACUUUGUGCACUUUCCCGUUCACUUUGUUGAGCACUUUAACCAGCCGAGGUACCCCGCUGAGGACGUCGACUCUACCACCUCGCCCAUCGUUUUUCCCUGGGCCAAAAUGGAGGCCAAGCUGAACGAGAUCAGUGGCGACUGUGUCUCGCUGCCAUAUCUCAAGGAGGACGGAUCUGAAGUGAGCCGCAUCAUCGGCGCAGAUGCGACAAGACUGGCGCCAGGUGCCUCGUCUCCCGCCGUCAGGGAGACGGCGUCAUCCAUCUACCACGUGGUUGAGGGAUCGGGCUACUCGAUCAUCGACGGAAAGAAGUAUGAGUGGCGCAAGUCCGACACCUUCUGCAUCCCUGCCUGGCACAAAUACCAGCACUUCGCCGCCGACGGGGAGACGGUAUACCUGUACCGCGCCCACGACAAGCCGAUGCUCAAGUCGUUGGGCUUCUACAGGGAAGAGGGGAUGGACGUGGAGAGCCUGGUUUCCAACUAGUUCUGUAAAUAUAUUCGGAAACGUUUUUAUGUCAGACAGCCUAGAUGGACAGAUUCUAAAUUGGACACA